AUGGCCUGGACCCGACUAGCUGCCGUCGGCCACGGCUCCUUCGCCACCGUCUACCUCGCUGCUUCCUCAUCUUCCGGCGACCUUUUCGCUGUCAAGUCCGCCGAGCUUCUCAAUUCGGACUUUCUUGAAACAGAGCAGAGGACUCUUUCUUCGCUGUCCCACCCUUCAAUUGUGGGCUACAAGGGAUUCGACGUAACGGCAGAAAAUGGGAAGCUAAUGUAUAAUCUCUUCAUGGAGUACGCCGCUGGUGGCUCUCUCGCCGACGAAAUCGUUCGGCGUGGGGGCCGGAUUAAGGAGGUGACGGCGGCGUUUUACACGCGUCAAAUUGUCAGAGGAUUGGAGUACUUGCACAAACGGGGUUUGGUGCAUUGUGAUGUCAAAGCUAAUAACAUUUUAAUCGGUGGAGAUGGUUUAAAGAUUGCUGAUUUCGGAUGCUCCAAAUGGGUUCGUGAGUCGCCGGCAGCGAUCUGCGGAACGCCGAUGUUUAUGGCACCGGAGGUAGCGCGUGGGGAAACACAGGGGAUUUCCUCUGACAUAUGGGCACUCGGGUGUACAUUAAUCGAAAUGGUAUCCGGCGCUCCGCCGUGGCCUACCGCCGGAGACCCAGUUUCGACGCUGUACCGGAUCGCAUAUUCCGGCGACUCACCGGAAAUUCCGAGCUUUUUAUCGGAGAAAGCGAAGGAUUUUUUAGGGAAAUGCUUGAGAAGAGACCCGACAGAACGGUGGAGUGCGAGUCAACUUCUUAAACAUCCAUUUUUGGGGGAACUGAGUUUUGGGUUCGAGAUAACCAAGGAAUUACAUUCAGAUUUCGAAUCUCCGACGAGUAUUUUGGAUCAAGGCCCUUGGAACUCGUUAGAAGAAGGAUUGCAAACUCUGUUGAAAACAGAGACAUGGGAGGACGACAGAAUCAAACGGCUGUCGAUGUUUUCAGGGGAAAUCAAAUGGGAAAUGAGAGAUGAUAAUUGGAUCACAAUCAGAAGCUGUGUUAAUGAUGAUAAUUGAAUCCAUUUUUGUAAUUAGUGAAAUUAGU